GCGGCUGGGCCUCCAGGAGGGCAGCCUGGGACCCGCGGGGCUCCCCUUGUCCCCCUCCGGCCACAAGGGCACGUCACUGGCCACACCAGAAGCUGGCAGGCUAGAUGUUCUACCACGUGAGUCUGUCCCACAAGCUAGAAGCCCGCGGGAGAGCGAGCGGGGGCUCAGGAUCUGCAGGCAGAAACCAGCGGGGAUCCCCGUGCGCCCAGGAUGGCCUUCUGGGCUGGGGGGGCGGUUCUGAAACAGAGAGUCUUAACCUGAGAAACCCUCCAGGGCGGGCAGUGGAAAGACGGGGCCGAAGCCUCCGGACCAGCGUGAGCUUGCCGAGGGUGGGGCAGAGGGAAACCUCGAGGGCUCUUUUCCUCGGCAGACGCUGCCCGUGCUGGGCACAGACUGGCCGAGGGAAUCCAACCAGACUUCCUGGAGGCGGCACCGACUCCUAAACGGGGAAGGCGCUUCACUCACCUGCUGCUACGGGGAGCCUGAGUGACCAAGGUCCCGCCGCCCCCUCCUGGUGCCUGCACCUGUCAGGGACACGGUGGGGAACUGAGGCAGGCCCAUCCCUGGGAGACACGGGACUCCUUUGUGGCCGGCUUCGCCCCCCCUUGGUCUCGGGCAGCCGUGUCCCCAGCCUGACCGCUCCCACCCUGGCCUUCCCCGGUAAGAUCCUGCACACCAAACCGCACUUGGUGGGCCGCUUGGGGGACCGGGACCGGCACAGGUUCUAAGGACACAGGAGCCGACCGGAGAAGGGAAGGGAUCUCCACACAUACGAGGACCCCCAAGGUGACUCGUGUGUCCUGACGGGUGGGCAGUAAUGUCAUGGCCAGAGCGAGGAAGCCCGGGGGGCGGGCACGGGAGACCUUAGGUGGGAGGGGAGGAGCUGGCCCCCGGAGAGGCAGCCCCCCCAGAGCAGGAGCAGAGGCCUGGUGUCCUCAGGUCAACACUUCGGACCAGCGUCUGCCCUGUGCAGUCAUGACUUCUCCUGUGUAACAAGCAGGGGACCUGAGGCUUGGGUAGGGUCCCGUCUGAGCCUGGGUUUCGGAUCCGCAGCCUCUGGCUUUCUGUUUGGUCCCUAAAUGCACAGCAACUAGGACUCACACACGUGCUGCUUGGCACCGUGGCCAGGCUCUGGGGCCCACCCUUCUCGGCCCUCACUCAGACUGGAGGGAGGUGGCCACCCUGGUCACCCACGUGUGCCAGAGGGGGAAACCGAGGCGGAGUCACGUGGCCGCCCUGAGAAGAGGCAGGGGCGCGCUGGCGGACGCGGGCUGGGGACACGGGGCGGGGCCGGCCCUCGGCCGCCCACCUGGACGGUGGACGUGUAAUGGAAACCAGGCCCCCAGCACCUUCCUCAAGUCAUCGACAGCGGCCCGAAGCUCGUAAAACACAGACCGACACUCGAGGCUCCCGGCCCGGAAGCCGCCCUGCCGUGCAAAUGCAGGCACGGGACUCUGCCCUUUGCCGCGGCCGCGCCCUCCCGGCUGCGACGAUUCUGGGGGAGAGGGACGCACUCGACAGAGACCGCGAAGCCUCGGUUUCCGCAGGCGGGGCUGUGUGCUCCGCGGACGUGGACGCGGGUGGCGCUUAGCCAGCGGUCAGACUGCAGUUCGGCCUUGCAGUGAUUUGUGGCCCAGCGUGAAUCAUGAUCUUUGUUUCGGGCCAGUUUGCCAGCCCCUGCAGCCCAGACUGCCAGACGAGGCUCCUUUGUCAAGGCCGUGCCCUUGGUCGACAGGGCGCGAUCUGGCCGGCCCAGCGCCACUGAGCUGCACGUGGAGACCCCCGGGCCCCUCCCUCGCAUGCCCCCCAGUUCCUUAGAGGACGUGGGGGCGUGGAUCCAGCUCCGAGCCAAGGGCCGGCAGGUGCCCUUGGGGGUCAAGAGAAGCCAGGGAGGGCAGCCGCUGUCUGCUGUCACCCCGAGCUGCUUAUCCAGGGCUUUGACAGAGCCCCGGUCCCCCCUAAACCAGGUAGGACAACUAACCGGGGGCAUCAGACGCUGCUCGCGGGACCGGCUCUUCCGUUAAUGCCCUGCAGUGAAGUUGGAAACCAGGAGGGGGGCACGCGGAAACCCGUGGCCCCACGCAGCCCACGCCCACCCCACCCACCGAGACCCCUCCUGGCCGCCUGGGGCCCAGGCAGGAGCCACCUGACCGGCUGGCACAGGCAGAUGACUAACGCCUCGGGGCUCCUGGGAACAUGGCCACGGCCCAGCCCCGGGCCGGCUGUGCCCACCGUGCCCGCCGGGCCACAGAUGGACCGCAUGGGGAACAGCUCCCAGGGCGCCUCCCGGCUCUUCCUCACCACCGCGUUGGCCCGCGGCAUCUCGGGGGUCUUUGUGUGGACCGCCCUGGUGCUCACCUGCCACCAGAUCUACCUGCACCUGCGCUCCUACACGGUCCCCAACGAGCAGCGCUACAUCAUUCGCCUGCUCUUCAUCGUGCCCAUCUACGCCUUCGACUCCUGGCUCAGCCUCCUCCUCCUGGGGGGCCACCAGCACUACGUCUACUUCGCCUCGGUGCGUGACUGCUAUGAAGCCUUUGUCAUUUACAGCUUCCUGAGCCUCUGUUUCCAGUACCUGGGGGGCGAGAGCGCCAUCAUGGCUGAGAUUCGGGGGAAGCCCAUCCGGUCAAGCUGCAUCUACGGCACCUGCUGCCUCCAGGGCAUGUCCUACUCCAUCGGCUUCCUUCGCUUCUGCAAGCAGGCCACACUGCAGUUCUGCAUCGUGAAGCCCAUCAUGGCCGCGGUCACCAUCGUCCUGCAGGCGUUCGGCAAAUACCACGAUGGGGACUUCAACAUCCACAGCGGCUACCUCUACAUCACCCUGGUCUACAACGUCUCUGUCAGCCUGGCCCUCUACGCCCUGUUCCUUUUCUACUUGGCCACCAAGGAGCUCCUGCAGCCCUUCGAGCCUGUCCUCAAGUUCUUCACCAUCAAGGCCGUCAUCUUCCUCUCUUUCUGGCAGGGGAUGCUGCUGGCCAUCCUGGAGAAGUGUGGGGUCAUUCCUGAGGCCCAGGUCAUCGACGGGAGCAAGGUAGGGGCCGGCACGCUGGCCGCGGGCUACCAGAACUUCAUCAUCUGCAUCGAGAUGCUGUUUGCCUCCAUCGCCCUGCGCUACGCCUUCACCGUCCAGGUCUACGCGGAGAAGGAGAGCUCGCCAGCCCCCGAGGCACCCAUGCACAGCAUCUCCAGCGGCCUCAAGGAGACCAUGAGCCCACAGGACAUCGUGCAGGACGCCGUCCACAACUUCUCACCCGCCUAUCAGCACUACACCCAGCAGGCCACUCACGAGGCCCCGAGCCCUGGUGCCCACCCCAGUGUGGCUGGAGGCUCUGGCGGCCUCAGGAAGAGUCGCAACGUGGAGAAGAGAAUGCUGAUCCCCGCAGAGGACCUGUAGGAGGGCCACGGGGACACCGGCCACCUGCCUGGACCAGGCUGCCCAGGCCUCUGGGAAAGCACAGGGCCCCUCACCCUCUUGCCAAAGGUGAAGCCCCUCCUGGGAGCCCUGGUGCCAGGCCGGUGGCACCACUUCCCAGCCUUCCUCCCGCCAGCAGGCCCGUGGCCCCAGGAGAGGGCGCCUGAGUUUAUCUGACGAACCGGGAACCCACCGGGCUCACCUGGCCGUCAUGGGGCUGUCGUGAGGCAGGCACCGGCAGGGCAGGGGCGGAUGGACGGACCUCACUCUGGGCCCUGGGAGAGCGAGGCAGCCCCGGCCUGAGGACACUGGAGCUGUAGGCGCUACGGGCCGGUGGGGGCAGGGGACUGGGCUGGGCAGAGCUGCUUUGCACCCCCUCCAGCCCUGGGGACUCCUGAAAAGCCCCCACCCGGGGAAGGCGUGCCUGAUGAGGCUCUGGGAGGUGCCCAGGGCCACCUGCACAGAACCUUCACCCUGGGCAGCCCGCGAAGCGUGUGGGGCUCCUGGGGGCAUCACCUAUUUAUACAUAAACAGCCUGCGUUUUCUAGUGA